GGUACGCGCAGCGCCCGCCCAGCCCAGCCCCGCCGGGGAGCGCCCAGUCCAGCCGCGCCGCAGCAGCCGCCCCGUCCCGCGCCUCCCCAUCCCGCCGACCUGCCAUGCGCCGCGGCCCGGCGCCAGCCUCCGCCGGCGGGAGCCGUCCCGGCAGCAGCGCGACGGCGACGGCGGCGGCGGGCGAGCGCUGAGCGCCGCGGCCCCGCAGCAGCCGCAGGGCGGCCGGCCCGCCGCGGCGCGAAUGUCCGCGGGCUGCCCGCGCCGGGAGGACUCGCCGCCGCCCGCCCGCCCGCGCUGACGGGGCGGGCCAGGCACCCCGCUCGCCGCAGCGCCCCGCGCCCGCCCCCGGGCUCCCCGCAGCGCCGCCGCUGCCGGCCGCGCUUCCGCCCGCCCGCCCGCCGCCAGCGCCGGCGCCAUGGCGGUGAAGGGGGCCGCGGCCGGCGCCGGGGUGCUCCUGGUGACGGCCAACGUCGGGUCCCUCUUUGACGACCCAGAAAAUUUACAGAAGAAUUGGCUUCGGGAAUUUUAUCAGGUUGUACAUGCACACAAGCCCCACUUCAUGGCUUUACACUGUCAAGAAUUUGGAGGAAAAAACUAUGAAGCUUCCAUGUCUCAUGUGGACAAGUUUGUUAAAGAACUGUUAUCAAGUGAUGCGAUGAAAGACUACAACAGAGCUCGAGUUUACCUGGAUGAGAACUAUAAAUCACAGGAACAUUUUACGGCUCUAGGAAGUUUUUACUUUCUUCAUGAAUCUUUGAAAAACAUCUACCAGUUUGAUUUUAAAGCUAAGAAGUAUAAAAAAGUUACUGGGAAAGAAAUCUACUCAGACACUUUAGAAAGCACGCCCAUGCUGGAAAAGGAGAAGUUUCCACAGGAUUAUUUCCCUGAGUGCAAGUGGUCCAGAAAAGGUUUCAUUCGAACAAGAUGGUGUAUUACUGAUUGUGCCUUUGACUUGGUAAACAUUCAUCUUUUCCAUGAUGCUUCCAAUUUAAUUGCUUGGGAAACAAGCCCAUCGGUUUACUCAGGAAUACGGCAUAAGGCUCUUGGCUAUGUACUUGAUAGAAUUAUAGAUCAGCGAUUUGAGAAAGUCUCGUAUUUUGUCUUUGGAGAUUUCAACUUUAGACUGGAUGCCAAAGCAGUAGUAGAGACGCUAUGUGCAAAGGCUACAAUGCAGACUAUCCGGGCAGCUGACACAAAUGAAGUAGUCAAGCUAAUAUUUCGUGAAUCUGAUAAUGACCGAAAGGUUAUGCUACAAUUAGAAAAGAAGCUAUUUGACUAUUUUAAUCAAGAUGUAUUUAGAGAUAACAAUGGCACUGCGCUGUUAGAAUUUGACAGAGAACUGUCAGUCUUUAAAGACAGAUUGUAUGAACUGGACAUCUCAUUUCCUCCCAGUUAUCCAUACAGUGAGGACUCUAGCCAGGGAAGGCAGUACAUGAACACGAGAUGUCCAGCCUGGUGCGACAGAAUCCUGAUGUCCCACUCAGCCAAGGAGCUCAUUCUGAAAUCAGAAAAUGAUGAGAAGAUAGUAAUAUAUGACCACAUUGGGCCAAAUGUCUGCAUGGGGGAUCACAAGCCUGUGUUCCUGUCCUUUCGAAUAGCUGCUGGGGCAGGUAAACCUAUUGCAAAUGUGCACAAGUGUUGUGUCGUGCAGUGAUGUGGUGGAAAAAGAUGCCUACGAAAUGAGAAGAUUUUCCGUGAAACCACACUGUAGCAGGGAGGGGAAGGAACACGCAGUAUACAGAAAUACAUAAUCGUAACAGCUGUAUUGAUAAAUCAAGUCCCGAGUGCCACAUUUUUAGACUGCUGAUCGUACACUAUGCUUCAGCAUCUGGACUCUGUUUGAGAAAAGCCUCACAUACCUCACUGUCUUGUAUGUUCAUGUGACAUCAAGUAGAAAUGUGGAAUUAUUUUUUAUAUAUAUGUCACAA